ACUCAAUCGAGUUUAUCAUCACUCAUCUCACCAAAAGUUCACCUCUGUCUCGCUACUUGUCUCAAUCACGAUCUCUCAUGGCUUCCUGUAUCAAUACGCUUAAAGACCGUCCGGCCAUGUACGGAGCACCGCUGCCGGCGAGCCCGCGCAUAUCCUUCUCCAACGACCUCGCCGCAGAGGGCGCCAGACCUCCUCGGCGGGACAUCGUAACUCCCGACCCGACCUUCGAGUUCGCAGUCGGAGGCCGGCCCAUGAUCGCCGCCGACGAGCUCUUCUUCAAGGGACGUAUGCUUCCACUGAGUUCCGGACAGUUAGCAAGGGUCACCACCCUCCGCGAAGAGCUCCGGGCCGAGGGCGCCCCGCAGUCCAAGGGGCUCGUGCGGUGGAAGGAGUUCUUAGGCCUUAAACGGGUCAGCAGCGGGCAUCCGGCCCCGAGGAACAGUAAGCCCGUCAACUCAUCCGCCACAACCGAGUCCGCCGGAGAGAUAUGCCGGAAAAUUCAGCCAGGAAGCGAAAAGACGAUCGUGCUAUGAUGCUGGAGAGGAAGUGGAGAGGAAGCGAAGGAAAUUGGUUAAUAAACAGAAAAAAUAUUUAUAUAAUGGGAUCAUCAACGACGUUUUCAUAAAAAUCUAGUUCAGAACCUGCAGUGUACGUCAUCCUAUGCAAAAUCUAAGGAUCACUUAUUUUGCAUCAAAAUGCCCGCAGUAUGGCUGUUAUGUGCAAGAUUUGAUGAGGAUGUUCCACGCCAAUUAUUUUUCAUAAAAAUCUAUAAAGAUAUUUCUCUUCUACAGUGUUUGCUGAGUGAGUUUGUAUGCUGUUACUGUUAUCUGGUCUAGAUUUUUUUUUUUUUUUUUUUUUUUUUUUGCGUGAGGAGGAUGUGGUGUUGACCUGGUUUGGUUUGCUGCUUGUUUCUGUUGUGAUAGCUUAAUUGUACAAAAGAAACUGUAGCUGGAAAUAUUAAUGCGUGAUGUGUUUUGAAUUCAGAUCUGUGAGUAGAGCAAUGGCGGCAUUUGUUUAUUGCUUUGAUUUGGCAGACAUUUGCUUCACCUUA